AUGGCGGCGAUGAGCAUGAAGACGAUGAUGGCGUUAGCGCCGCUCUUGUGCCUGGCCGUGGCCGCGUCGCUGGGCGGCGUGGAGGCGAGGAAGCACCCGGGGAAGGAGACCCUGGGGUACUACGAGCUGCGCCGGGGCGAGUUCUCCAUGGUCGUCACCAACUGGGGCGCCACCAUCCUCUCCGUCAGGCUUCCCGACAAGAACGGGCGCAUCGACGACGUCGUUCUUGGGUACAAGACCAUCGGAGGUUACGUGAAUGACACCACCUACUUCGGCGCGCUGGUGGGGCGGGUGGCGAACCGGAUCGCCGGCGGGCGGUUCACGAUCAAGAACCACCCCUACCACACCUACACCAACGACGGCAACAACACGCUCCACGGCGGCCACCGCGGCUUCAACCAGGUGUUCUGGUCGGUGCGGGAGCGGGCCACCGGCGCCUUCCCCUACAUCACCUUCUACUACCGCAGCGGCGACGGCGAGGAGGGCUUCCCGGGCGCGCUGGACGUGCUCGUCACCUACAAGAUCGACGGCGACUACUCGUACAGCGUCACCAUGUACGCCCGCCCCGUGGACAAGCCGACGCCCGUGAACCUGGCGCAGCACACGUACUGGAACCUGCGCGGGCACGGGCGGGGCACCGUCCUGGACCACUCCGUCCAGAUCUUCGCGUCCGCCGUCACCCCCGUCGGCGGCGACCUCAUCCCCACGGGCGCCGUGACGCCCGUCGCCGGCACGCCCUUCGACUUCCGCGCCCCGGCGGCGCCCGGCGCGCGCAUCGCGGAGGUGGAGGGCGGCUACGACAUCAACUACGUGCUGGACGGGCGCGACGCGGACGGGCAGGGGGUGCGCAAGGUGGCGGUGGUGAGCGAGGCCACGUCCGGGCGGGUGAUGGAGCUGUGGGGCGACCAGCCCGGCGUGCAGUUCUACACGGGAAACUUCCUCAAGGGCGACGAGGGCAAGGGCGGCGCCGUGUACGAGAGGCACGGCGGGCUGUGCCUGGAGACGCAGGACUUCCCCGACGCCGUGCACAACCCCAAGUUCCCCACCGAGAUCUACCGCGCGGGCCAGGUGUACAAGCACUACAUGCUCUACAAGUUCUCGAUCGCCGGCAAGUAG